UUGCAGUGUUUUCUUAUGGAUCCGUGAUAUGAACAGGACAUUACAGUCUGAAAUGCAGAACGAAGAGGUGUUGUCUGAGAUGAGGCUUGUCAUGACCUCCUUUCAUUGAAAACAGCUUUGGUCAAUUUUAUCAUGACAGACUGGAGCACACCACACUUGAAAGUCAUUCUUAUCGGAAACUCUGGAGUGGGAAAGUCUUCAUUUAUGAGCCGGUUUGUCCACCAUCGCUUUACUAAUUUGUAUCGCGCCACAAUCGGGGUCGAUUUCCUUACUAAAGAAAUCACUGUUGAUAAGAGAUCAGUGAUUCUUCAGAUCUGGGACACUGCAGGGACAGAGAGGUUUCACUCUCUGGGUACCACACUGUAUCGUGGAGCUCACUGCUGCCUCCUAGUGUUUGAUGUUACCUCGCCAGUCUCCUUUGAUGCACUAGACGUCUGGAAGAAAGAGUUCCUGGUGCAGGCAUGUCCCUCGGACCCCUCUGCGUUCCCUUUUAUAGUGCUCGCCAAUAAAAUUGACUUGGAUUAUCGUGAGGUGUCCCCGAGCAAAGCCCAGCAGUGGUGCAGUGAAAUCGGAGCUGAAUAUUUUGAAUGCAGCGCCAAGGAAGACAUUGGCGUGGACACGACUUUUCACGGCGCGGCACGAGCGGCCCUGCAGUAUGUGAGUUCAAGCUGUCUGUAUAAACUAACCAAAAUUAUUAUUUUCAUUUUUCAUCAGAGACUGGCCAGGGAUAACAUACCAUCCUUAGCUUGUACCAAUAAUAUUAAGUUAUAGCUGUUUGUGCAACGCUUUCUACAGUUCGUAAGUCACCAUGUGGAAAAUGAAGAAGACAUCCAGAUUACACAGAAACAACAGGAGAAGAAGCCAAGUAAAAAAUGCUAUUGUUGAAGCAAGGACAAGGCUCUGUGCUAAUGAGCUUAUCUAUGGAAUCAUGUUAACAAAGUUACAGGCAAAUGUCUGCUGAGUUUUUCUUAUUUUUGUUAAAGUAGGUGCAAAAGCACAGCAUGACAUUUACACCAUUUUAAAACACACUAUUAAUGAAAAUACAAGAAACAGUGACCCCUCAACAGUACAAUGCCCCAGUAUUUAUGUAUAGGAAAUGUUUUGAGUGUAAAAUUAAAAUUUACUGUGUACAACUAAAAAUAAUUUAAAGCAUGUUUUCAUAAAAAAAAUCUUGAUUGAUGUAUUUGUAAAAAGACAUGAAAAUAAAACCUCAUGAACCACUUUAUUUGAAUACUAUGUUGGGAUAUCAUUUUUAUUUCAUCUGAAAGAACUCUUAUAACCGAAAUAACGUAAACGAGUCCUCCUCCGUAUCGAUUCAGCUUUCUGAAAAAUGUUUCAUCAAAUAUAGCUACUCAAACGACCAACAAUCCUGGAAGACACUAGGAACGAAAUCUCGGGAUGUGCUGCCUAAAACUAAAGAAAUUAAUCAGGGAGACAAUUUGUUUCUGUUUCUUUUAUAAGUCAAGACAAAAAAGGCAAUCAGGAGAUGACCAACAUGUAAAAACGUUGUACAGGUAAAUAUAUAAAAGGCCAGGAUAUCAUCUUCACUGCUUGCGUUAUGAAUGAACUAUAUUACAGUCGAAUCCGAACUUGGCUUUCACCAAGAGUGAGCACAGCCAUCCUCAAGGAGCCCACAAGGAGACAUACAGGUAUACACAGAACAUUUAGUUUGCAUACCUCUCAGUUAAUCAAAGGUGGAAAAAAAAAAAAAAAAAAAAAAAAAAAAAAAAGAAAUUUAUCUUCACAUAGACAACUUCCUUCACAAUCUAGGGCAGAGAAAAUUCUACAAAGUUAUUUUGUGAAAAAGUUAAGAGGACAAGCCAGAGGAAGGGAAAAAGCUGAGUGUUUACUAAUAAAUGGCAAUCUGGUAAGGUGAGAAAAAAAAAAAUAUAUCGAACAAUGUUUUACGAUUUUUACAUCUCAAGGUUUGGCAUACACAAACACAGAGUGGAAACAAGCGUAGCAAUAUGCAGUAAACAAAGUAAAAGCCCUUCAGAUGUUUACAUCCUUUUCAACUGUAGCACAUCACCACUCAACUUUGAGCACAAAUACAAUGUCUUUCCUUUUGUAAAAGUACUUGACAAGAGAAUGGCGCAUCCAAAAAGCCCUUUUUUCCACAAAUCCUUAAACCAAUGGGGAUGGCCAAGAAUUUUUAAAACAAAAACAAAAAAAUAAAAUAAAAGUGAGUUUAAAAAAAAA